AUGAAAUGCUUAUCAACAAUCAUACAAGUUCUGGUUAUGUUAAGUGUGUGUUUUGCUACUUUAUCACCACCAGCCGAUAAAAAGUCCCAAAAAGGGGUUAAACCUCAAGAUGGUCCACGAAAAAACAAUGUUUUGGACAGGAAGUUAGUUGUGGAAACACCAUAUGCUAAGGAUAUAAUAAAAUAUCACGCUACUUUCCACCAAAGUAUCACAACACGUAACUUCUUGAAUUCAGUGUUAGGAUUUGUAACACCGUGGAACAACAAGGGUUAUGAUGUGGCUAAAACAUGGGCACCUAAGUUUAAUUAUAUAGCACCUGUAUGGCUACAAGUAAAACGACAGAGUCCUAACAUAUAUAUUAUUUCCGGGUUACAUGAUGUUGAUCAUGCCUGGAUGAAAGUAGUCAAGCAAAAAGGGACACCAAGUAAUGUUAGAAUUCUACCAAGACUGCUUUUAGAAAAUUGGCAGCUGUCAGAUCUAAAGGCAUUCUUCAAAGAGCCAUCCUCACUAUCAGAACAAAAAGCUCUGAUUGAAGAAGUCAAGAAAACAUGCAAACAGUGGAAUUUUGAUGGUAUAGUGUUAGAAAUGCUUUCACAGAUUGGAAAGUAUGUAGAGAAAUCUGUCAAAUUUAUCCAGCAGUUUGGCUUAGAAAUGAGUGAAGACGAUUUUAAACUGAUUCUGGUCUACCCUCCAUUCCGAGGCUACCCAACUGAUGAGUUCUUUGUUAAAGCAUAUAAUGAUAUUUAUCCAUAUGUUGAAGCUAUUUCUGUGAUGACUUAUGACUUCUCAAGUACUCAAAAACCAGGACCAAAUGCGCCCUUAUACUGGAUAAGACUGUGUUUAGAGAAAUUAAUUGAAAAUGAAGACAAUCCCUCCAAACGAUCAAAAAUAUUACUUGGUUUAAACUUUUAUGGAAAUUCGUAUACUGCUAAUGGAGGAGGUCCUAUUGUUGGCACAGAAUAUAUAGAGUUAUUGAAAAAUGCCAAAAAUAAUCAAAUGCUUACAUACAAUAACAAUACAGCUGAGAAUUAUAUUGAGAUAAGGACAUUCCAAGGAGCGAAAAAAAUAUUUUUCCCAACGUUAUAUUCAAUACAGAAACGAUUAGAUCUCGCCAGGGAGUUGGGUACCGGAGUUGCUGUAUGGGAACUAGGCCAGGGGUUGGACUACUUCUAUGAUUUAUUUUAA